AUGUAAACCGAAUCACAGUACCCCUAAAUAGAUGUCAAGGAAUUCAAGGCAUUUGCUGUUUGGAGAUGGAAAGCUGAACAAUUAAAUCAAAAUUGUUGUUCAUGCAAAAAAUUGAUGACUGAACCAUGCAUUGAUUGCGAAGUGAAUGAUUAGAAUGAUGAGCAAGAAAAAUGCAUUGCUGUUUAGAGUGGAAAUUGCGGUCAUGCUUUACAUCAGCAUUGCAUAAGAAAAUGGAUUCAAACCAAAAGUCAGGGUGGCACAUCAGGCACCUGUCCAAUGUGUGACUUGAUUUGGGAAAUCACAAAUGAAGUCGAAUUAUAGAAUUGACAUUCUGAGAAUCAAUAUAAUUUUACAAUUUUUAUUUUAAAUAUCUUGUAUUUAUA